AUGCUUCCUCCUUCUCAACAACACAUCUCUGCUCUCAUGAGGAGGCUCUUGCUUUGCUGCAAUUCAAGACAUCCUUUUCCAUCAAUUACACUCUGUGAUAAUGUCACCGGUCAUGUAAUUGCCCUUAAUCUCAGCUGCAGUUUCCUUUAUGGCACCUUUCCUUCCAACAGCACUCUUUUCUUCCUCAGAAACCUGCGGAGCCUCAAUCUUGCCUUGAAUGAUUUUAGGCUUUCCAAGAUUCCAUCGGAAAUCAGUCAGUUUACUAGACUAAAGCAUCUUGAUAUCUCUUCUUCUCGAUUUUCGGGCCAAGUUCCGGGAGAAAUUGCUCACCUCCCCAAGUUAGUUUCUCUCAAUCUCUCUAGUUACCUUUAUGAUGAUUCUCCUGAAUUGAUCCUUGAAACAACUACCUUGAGAAAUCUUGUUCACAACUUGAGUGAGGUGAGAGAACUUCUGCUUAUUAGAGUGAACAUGACAUCUGUUAAUUCUCGUUUCUUCAUGAAUCUCUCUUCUUCUUUGACUACUCUUGAUCUUCGGGAUUGGGAAAGUGGGUUAAGAGGAAACUUUCCAAACAGUAUUUUCCGCUUUCCAAAUCUCAAGUUCUUUUAUUUAGCUGGAGAGGGAAACCUCACUAUUGAUCUUCCAAGUUCCAAUUGGAGCAGUCCUCUCCAAGGUUUGGAUUUAGAUGUCAUGGAUUGCGGAAGGCGAUUGCCAGAGUCUAUAGGAGAUCUAAAGUCAUUACAAUUUCUAUAUCUUGGCUGCAACUUGGAAGGUUCCAUUCCAGCUUCCAUAGGAAACUUAUCUCAACUUACUGAGCUAGGCCUCUAUUCUAACAAUUUUAACGGCCAAAUCCCAACAUCACUUGCAAACCUCACACAACUUCAGUCACUCAACCUUCAAAAUAAUCAGUUUUUUGGUCCCAUUCCAGCCUUCAUAGGGAACCUAUCACAACUUACUGUUCUAAGCCUUUGGUUAAACAACCUUAGCGGACAAAUCCCAUCAUCACUUGCAAACCUCUCCAAACUAAGCUAUCUAGACUUAUCUCGUAACUUACUUAAUGGCAUGUUGCCACCUUGGAUUUUCACCCUACCUUUGUUAGAGUCCUUGUAUCUCGAUCAUAACCAAUUUCAAGGUCAAAUGAAUCCAUUCCAGCAAAAAUCACUCAUAUUUCUAGAUUUGUCAAACAAUAAACUUCAGGGCCCAAUUCCUAGCUCAAUUGCUAAUUUAGUAAAUCUUAGUUAUCUCCAUUUAUCAUCAAAUCAUUUUAGUGAUUUAGUAGUAUCUGACAUGUUUUCGGGGCUUCAAAAUCUGCAAACCAUCAUUCUUUCACACAAUAAUCUUUCUCUGAGAGUCAAUGUCGAUCCCAACUUCACAUUACCCAAACUAACUUAUGUUGACUUGUCUUCUUGUAACUUGAGUGAAUUCCCCAAUUUCUUAAAACAUUCAAAUGGUCUGCAAAGCCUACUGCUAUCAAAGAAUAGCAUUAAUGGCAAUAUUCCUGAAUGGAUAUGGAAAAAGCAUGAUCUCAAAAUUCUUGACCUUUCUCAUAACCAUUUAAGCGGGAAGAUUCCAAAUUGUCUUCCUAAGUCUAUCUCAGUGUUGAAUUUGCAGGCCAAUUACUUUGAUGGAAACAUAACAUUUGGAUUUCCAAGCAGCUGUGGAUUACAAAAUCUCAACUUACAUGGAAAUCACGUGGACGGGCUAUUACCAAGGUCUUUGGUGAAUUGUAGCAAGUUAGAGGUUCUAGAUGUUGGCAACAACAACAUAGAGGAUACAUUCCCUCAUUGGUUGGAAUCUCUACCAGACCUUCAAGUGCUUGUCCUAAGGUCCAACAAGUUCCACGGUUCUGUGCAGAGCACCAAAGAAAGUCCAUCUUUUCUCAAGUUACGAGUUCUGGACCUCUCCAACAAUGAUUUUGUUGGUCCUUUGCCUCUUCGGUACUUCAAAAAUUUUAAAGCUAUGACGGACCUUUAUAGAGAUGAGCGUUCUCCUGAAUACAUGAAUGUCAGUUCUUAUCAAUAUUCACUGGUUGUGACAUGGAAGGGAUUCGACUAUGAGCUGCAGGGAAUCUUGACCAUAUUCAGUAACAUUCAUCUCUCAAAUAAUAAGUUUGAGGGAGAAAUUCCAGAUGUUAUUGGCAAGCUUAGUUCUCUCAAAGGGCUAAAUCUUUCUCAUAACAACCUUACUGGUCAUAUCCCACCGUCACUAGGGAAUUUGAUGAAUCUGGAAUGGUUGGAUCUCUCUUCCAACGAGCUGAUAGGAAAAAUUCCAAAUGAAUUGGUAUCUUUGACACAACUCUCUGUAUUGAAUCUUUCAAAUAAUCAUCUUCUCGGACGCAUACCACAGGGCAAUCAAUUCAACACCUUUGGAAAUGGUUCUUAUGGAGGAAACCUUGGACUAUGUGGAAUCCCACUGUCAAAAUCUUGUGACGGAAUGGGGACACCGCCGAGCUCCUUCCAAGAAAAAGAUGAGUUGUGGAGAUUUGGCUGGAGAGUUAUAGUAACCUUAGAAGAUGUGGUUGAGGAGAUUGUUGGAGAAGUCUUUGAUGAAAAUGAUCGAAGGAACAUCAGUGUGAGGCAGUAUCUGGUUUUGUAUGUGAAGUAUUUGGGUACAUCCCUAGGGCUGGUGAGAGCAUCAAAGUUGCCCUCAAAAGGGUUAAUCAAGAUGAUGAUGAUAAGCAUGAUGAAGAUGGAUCAGAUCAUCAAGAUGUGAAGGAAUGGCAUCAGAUAUAUAGACUUGAGAUAUUAGCUGCAAAUGCCCAAAAGGUUAGUGCUGUUCGUUUUGAGUGGACAGACAAUGGGGAAGCUAUGUCAGAGGCCAACGAAGUAACUCGAUUGAUUCCCAAAAUCAUGAAGAGGAAAGGGAACAAUGACAAAUUGGAUAACAUUAGCUAUGAUGAGAACGCAUUUCGAAAGAGACAAGGGAAUUGCCUUUCUGAUUGCUAUGUAGUUGCUGAAGAUACAUAAGAUAAUGGCCAUUAGCUACAUUGCUUACUCUGUUUUCUUUUUCUUUAGCUCCUACUUUUCCUUUCCCUUAUUCUUACUGCCCCAUGGAGAAGAAAUGGAAGGAAACCAU